CAAUUCCCAAGCAAUUGAAAAAAACACCGUCGUCCCUUCGAAAACCUCCCCCCAAAAAACAAACCUUUCCUCUUCCCUUCGUAAGCUAAAACAUUCUUUCUAGGGUUCAUACUCAAAUUGAUUUGUGCGUGAAAAGUUCCAAUUGCAAGAUGAAAAUGCGGGAAAAUAAGGGAGGUGCGAAAGCAGCAGUUCAAGGAGGAGGAGGAAGUUCUUCCAGAAGUGGUUUGGAAUUAAAUGGCAUACCAUUGGAUUUUCGCUCUAUUAUGAAGGAGGUUGAACUUCUUGGCUCCUCUGAUAUGACAUGGAAAGAGAGGAAGAAUUUGCAGAAUCAGAAAGUCGUUUCAUUGGGCGGAAAGGCUCCUAAGAAACAGAGACUACCACUUAGUGUAGCACGGCCAAUGAUGAAGAAUCAAAAGAAGAAGGAAGAGAAGUUGUUGCAACAGGAGUUACUUAUCGGACAUUGUGGGGAAAAUCUCAUCAAAAGGACCAAAAAACCCGAAGAGAAGCGCAGGCCUGAAGACGGAGUGCUGAAAUCAAGCGAAGGGCGUUUCCGAAAUGGAAUUCUUGAUGUUAAACAUUUACUAAAAUCUGCUCCACCUCCAAGGAACGAUGAUGAUAGGGGUCCUCCUAAGGCCAGCAAAGGGAGAAAAAAGAAGGGUGGUAAAAAGAAGGGUGGCAAGAAGGGCGGUGGUGGUGGCGGCGGCGGUGGUGGACGUGGUGGGAAAAAGCGUCACUAAGAAGAUUAUUGUGCCAAAUUCCGUGGCGGUGGCAGUGGCGGUGGUGGUGGAUAAGCUGGUGUCGGAUUUUUAGUGGAGAGAGGAUGAUGAUGAUGGGUGUGGCAUGCUUAGAAGGAUUUCAAAUUCAACUGACUUAUCUUUCCAAGUCUAAAAUUUGGGCCAAAUUCAAUGUAGAUCCUUCUGUUUUCUCCAAAUUGGCUAUUUGGGGUGAUGAAAUGAUGGUUUCCAAACACACGAGUAUCAUAUUCUUUUGGAAAUUUGAUUGAAUCGUGUAGUUUUAACCUUUAUAAUGUCAUCAUAUUUGUUUUCGCUUACUGUUUGACUUGUAUUAUUUAGAAUAAUUAACUAGUAGUUCAAAAAAUUAAUAUUAAGGUAUGUACUCCGAAUUUUUUACAUGUGUAGAAAUGGAAUUUAAAACAUUGAUAUUUAUACAAAUUGAA